AUGGCUGAUCUUCCCAAAACAAACCCAUACCCAAUCCCUCUCUCAUCAGAGAGCUACCCCCUCAACUCCAAAGAGCAAAAGCCAGAAUCAGAGAUCCCCACCAAACCCCCACUAGACUCAAUCCUCAAUAGCCACGACUUCGAAAAAGUCGCGUCGCAAACCCUAACCCGCAAAACCUGGGCCUUCUACUCCUCCGCAGCAACAGACAUGCUCACCCUCUCCGCCAAUAAAGCCAUGUACGACCGCAUCCUCCUCCGCCCCCGAGUCCUCCGCAAUGUCAGCAAAGUCAACACCCGCACCACCAUCCUCGGAUGUGAGACCAGUCUCCCCUUAUUCGUCAGCCCCGCCGCCAUGGCCAAGAUGGUGCAUCCAGAUGGCGAGCUUGCAAUAGCACGGGGCUGUGCCAAAUACGGCGUCGGGCAAUGCAUAUCGACGAAUGCGUCGUAUCCCGUGGAAGUUAUUACGGGGUGUGCGCCAGGUCAUGCGUUCUUUUUUCAGCUUUAUGUUAAUCGGGACCGGGGGGAGUCGGAGCGGUUGCUGAGACAGGCUGAGGAGAGUGGGAUUCGGGGUGUCUUUCUGACGGUUGAUGCGCCGGUUGCGGGGAAGAGGGAGGCAGAUGAGCGAGUUGGGGUUGAUGGUGAGGAGGUUGUGCAGACUGCGCCCAUGACUGGAGCGCAGGGGGUUAGUGAUGCGAAGGGGAAUGGGUUGGGGAGGACGAUGGGACGGUAUAUUGACGCUGGUUUUACGUGGGAGGAUCUGGGAUGGCUUCGUCGGGCAACAACGCUACCCAUUGUGUUGAAGGGAAUUCAGACGGCCGAGGAUGCUUUGAUGGCGAUGAAAUACGGGGUUGAUGGGAUUGUCGUGAGCAAUCAUGGUGGAAGGAGCUUGGACACGUCUACGUCAUCAAUAGCAGUGUUGAUGGAGAUACGUCAAUGUUGUCCUCAAGUCUUUGAGCACCUUGAGGUGUUCGUGGAUGGUGGGAUUCGGCGCGGCACGGAUAUUCUCAAAGCUAUUUGCCUAGGUGCUAAAGCUGUGGGGAUGGGGAGGCAGUUCUUGUACAGUCUCACGUAUGGACAAGAAGGUGUAGAGCGCUUGAUUGAAAUCAUGAAAGACGAAUUGGAGACAACGAUGAAGUUAUUGGGGAUUACGCACCUCUCACAGGCACAUGCAGGGCUUCUUAAUACGUUAGAUGUGGACCAUCUAAUUCCAAAGAGGCUUGGGGCAUCAUAUAGCGGGCCGGUAGUAAAGGCGAGACUGUGA